AUGGCCACACCAGCACCCACGACAACGGCUCCAGUACCCGCCUCGACGCCGGCAGACAUGCAGCCCGCGUCGGCAGACUUCUGGGCCGGCGUCAACCUCCACACGAUCGCGCCGUGCUGCGCCAAGGGCAACGGCACAGCCAACAACAUGACCUUGGCCGAGUGGAACGCGACGGCCCCGAGCGGCACCUACCUCCCCCCCGAUGUCCAGGGUGGCUCGCCGACCAUCGGACACUGCCACGUCGGCGGUGGGGAGGUGAUUGACAUUGUCCUGAUGUGUUUGUUGGACGCCACCACCGAUCCACACUUGCUGGUGACAUACAUCUUCCCCAACGGCACAGUCUUUGGCUUCCCGAAGGAACCGAGCGCGGCAACAGCCACAUCGAUGUCGACGACGGCAGCCGCCACAUCGGCGUCCAAGUCCUCCGGGACGUCGGCGUAUGGCAGGUUGGGAUUGAUAUCGCUCCUUGCGAUGGCAGCGGCCGCGAUCGUGACUCUGUAG